UAAGUAUCCGGUGGCAGGUCAUGCACAUUGGUGAUAAAACGGGAGGGGCGUGGUUCUUUGGCACAGAUAGAGGCAGCAGAGAAGAAGGCCAGAAGUGGACAGUGCUCAUCUACCUGGACCCUGGCUCAGGGCCCCUAGUGUGCUCAGUAUCACGGGACGACCAAGAAAAUGAGGGAAAGCUGUCCCUGGGUGCUGAAUUCUUCACUCUUUCUGCUGUUGCUGCUCCUACAUCUGCCUCUUUUCAGAGCCCAGGACUCUCCAGAUACUGACCCUGAAUGGGUAAACCAUAAUCCCUACUACCCCAUUUCAGGAAGAAGCUAUGAAGGGAGGAUGGGGAUCAAAAUAACUGAAGAUGAAAUCCUGCAGUACUGUGAUGGCAUCUUUGAUCUUUACUAUGUCUUUGACACAGCAAAAACAAUGACAAACUGGGGUGCCGUGCAUGCAGCUUGGGAAGAUAUGGUAGAGAAGUACCUAAAGUAUGACUUCUUCAUGCUGUAGGCUCCCCUGUACUCCAGGGAGCAUUCCAAUGGCAGGCAAAGGGCAUGGCCAUUAGUUUAUUGGGCACAGGAGUCCCUCUGGUAGGGAGCACAGAGCUCAGGGUGGUAUGCUUGUCAGGAAAGGAGAGUGCAUGCUGGUCCCAGCUAGGCACUGGCUGGCUUCUGCAUCAGAGGCAGGGCCCAGUGCAGAUACAAUCAUCCCUCCAGAUCUCACAGGCCAGGAAGGAAGUCAAAAGAGCAAGACCAGAAGCUCAGGAAUUGGCAGCUGGCUACAGGGUGCUCAGGGACAAACGAAACAGCCAGAAGGGGGCAGGAGAAGCAGGAAUACCUGCAGGAAAGCAUAAAGUGUAUUAUCUCAGAUGAUGCUGAAGUGUGAACUUUAUCUCAAAGGAUGGAUUUUAAAAAAACAGGGUCACAGCAACCAUCAAGGUGACCUCUACUGAACAGAAUGCCGAUUAGGCUUGGAACUGAGGGUCACUCAGGGGAGGGCUGGUAGAUAAGGCAGGGCAGCUUGGUGACAAGGCCAUAGGGGCUCACCAUGCCAGGCAAAGGGGCUUGGAUUUCCUAAUAUGAAUCAUAGAGAACCACAGAAGUAUCUUUGGAGAGUAACAACAUUGUCCAGAUUGUGCUUCAGGGAGAAAACUCUGAUAACUGUGUUUGAACUGAGUCAGGAACAAGGGCAGGAGUAGUGAGGAGUUCCAUCUGGGAGAAGUGCUGAUAUCUUGUUAAGGGGUGACAGGUUCCUGGGCCAGAGGACACUGAAGAGGGAGAAGGAAGAAAGACAUGUAUGUGAAUGGUUGCCAAGAAUGGGAAUGAUUUCUUACGUAGGAGGAAGGAGGGAGUUAUGAGGAGGCAGGAGGCCACCCUGACACUGUCUUCUCCUGGGCCCUUCAUCUCCAUACACUUCAGAAUCCUUCUCUAAGUUCCUACAAACUCCCCUUAUCUGAAAUGGCCCCAGUGCAGAAGAGAUGGGGUGAGGAUCAGGGAAAUAUGCACCUCCUGCCUGGCUGCUUGCUGACAUCCAGUAGAACCAGUGCAUUCUCCUUUCAUGAACUGUGCUUCCUCUUCAGUGCAAAGGUACGGAUUUCCUACAUACUCUUUGGCACAGAAGCCACAACAAAGAUGUCGCUCACUUCAAAUAGGAACACACGAGGUCCUGGAACCCCAGCUAUCUCAUUAAGCAGACUGGCUACUACCUUUGGCAGGGGAAAGGGAGGAGGAACACAAUGCGUUAUAAUCUGGACUUAAAUUCCUAUCUUGCACCUAAAGGAGAAACGAAUUUGCAGGAAGGACUUAAAAAGGCAAAUGAGCAGAUUCAAAAUGCCAACUCUGGAGACACCAAGGUAUCUAGUAUAAUCAUUGUUCUACUUACUGGAGAAAUAAAGCCACAAGCUUUACAGGAAUCUAAGGAGGAGGCUGACAAAGCUCGGGGCAUGGGAGCAUACAUUUACUGCAUUGGGAUGGACAGUUAUAAGCUAAAUCAGAUGCAAGAAAUAGCAGACAGUCCAGAACACAUCCUUGAAGUAAAAAAAUCACCUGAGCAACUGCAUGACUUAGUUGACCUGUUUGGAACUAAGACCUGCCUGGAACUCAGAUCUGUGGAACCUUCCCCUCUGUGUGUAGAAGGAUCCAAGCCAGUAAUUUUAAAAGGAUAUGGAUUUAAUAAUGGAAAGACUAACGACCAAAUUAUCUGCAGAUUCAAAUUCAGUGAUUCCAAGGUCAUUGAUUUCCAUCCAACUGCUAUGAACAUGACAUCAUUAACAUGUCCUAAACCAGACGUACAACUCGGAGAAACCAUCACAGUUGAAGUCAGCCUGAACAACGGGAGGAACUUUCUGUACCGCCCUAUCCCUGUGAAUACGACUAUGGAUUGUGCCCCUCCCUUAAAACCUGUUAUCACUGAGUACCCCACCUACCCACCAGAGGUUUAUUCACCUGCACCGAUGCCUCCACGCCCGAAUAUCACUCCACCUCCGAAGCCUGCAACCCCAGCCACCCCACCCCCAACAACUACAGCCCAGGCCAUCACUCCAUCACCAACUUUCAUUUAUGUAGAAGCUGAUCCAACCCCAGAAGAAAAGCUUCUCACAUUGGUGCUGUCCCUGCUAUUGAUCCCAGUGGUGCUGUGGUGGAUCUGGUGGUUAUGCUUCCGGAAAGCCAAGCCACCACCGCCACAGAUAAUAGAGAAACUAAAAGAGAAGCCACCUCCUCCCCCAGCACCACCUGUGAACGUGUGUCCCACCAUAAUACUCUGCUGCUGUGCCUGCCGUGGUGUGAGUGUGAACCGAGGCCUGGAGAACAAGGUGACCCUGCGCAAUUUAGAUCAAGCAUGCUGCCGCCAGUUGCCAUUGACAUGGCCUCAGGAGGCGGGUAACCUCGCCCUCAUGCCGAACCUCUGUACACAGACCUCCUCAGGCUCAGCCAUCUGCCUUCAGCCUAGCCAGGGUUACCUCCCCAUUACCUACUGCUCCCAGUGCCACCCACAGUCAACCAGGUGCUCCAGUCCUCCCUCCAGGAUAUUGCGGAUGCUCCCUGCCCCUUCACAAGCAACCAGAAGAACUGUAUAUUCACUCCCACCUCCAUAGCCCAACCCAACCUCUAACCACUAAAAAGCCUAGAAUAAGAGGUCUCAAUCACUCAAUUGAACAUAUAUGUUGAAUGUUGAAUCUAGGAUUAUAAUAAAAAAUGGGUUGGGAAUUGGUA